AAUUGAUCAAGAUUAUAUGAUGGGAUGCUACACUAUAAAGUCACAUGGAGGGAGGGUGGCAAGGACACAUAAACUUGACUGGCUAGUACUUCUGCUUCUAGUGGUUAUUGACCUAUUCUUGGAUUCAUUAGAACCUUUCCACCGCUUUGUGGGAGAGGGCAUGAUGACGGAUUUGAAAUACCCAUACAAAGAUGAAACUAUACCCUUUAGGGUCGUUCAAAUUGUUACCAUAUUAUUUCCUAUUGCUGUCUUUUUUAUGUUCUACAUUUGUAAAAGGAAUGUUUAUGACUUGCACCAUUCAAUACUAGGUAUUUUCCAUUGCUUUGACUUUGUAACUGGUUUACUGUUAUUCCCAUGCUCAUGGCUCAUGGUAUCUUACUUGAAUGCACUCUUGGGAACGUCAGGUAUUCUUUUCUCUGCACUUAUAACUGGGGUCAUCACAGAUUUAGUUAAAGUUGCAGUUGGUCGACCAAGACCGAGCUUCUUUUGGCGAUGUUUCCCUGAUGGUAAAGCGGUAUUUGAUGCCAUCACAAAUGAUGUUGUUUGUCAUGGGGAUGAGAAGAUUAUAAAGGAAGGAUACAAAAGUUUUCCAAGUGGGCAUACUUCAUGGGCCUUUGCAGGUUUAGGAUUUUUUGCAUGGUAUUUAUCAGGAAAAGUUCGAGUGCUUGAUCGCAGGGGUCAUAUAGGCAAAUUAUGUCUUUUAUUGCUUCCUUUACUUCUUGCUGCUUUUGUGGGAGUUUCCCGGGUUGAUGACUACAGGCAUCAUUGGCAGGACGUGUUCGCUGGAGGCCUACUAGGGAUUAUUGUCUCUUCAACCUGCUACUUACUACUCUUUCCUUUUCCUCAUCAGUCAGGUUGGGCGCCUCAUGCCUAUUUUGAAAUGUUGGGUAGAACAGAAGGUAAUUUGACGGAGGAUUGUCUUCCUAUUCUGCAACCACAAUUUAAAUCUGCAAAUGCAAGUGGCUCACAAGAUUUGAAUGUGCACAUUGAGUUACUGGAACCUGGAAGAACAUUUGAAAAAGGGAAAAUGGGUUGACUUUCAAGCCCACUCCCUACUUCUACUACAGAUCAGCCUCCCCUACCACAUGCUCGUGUUUGUAAGUGUCCUAUCCUGGCACCCCAGACGUAAUCAUGAAAUCCAUGUGCUCAUUAUGCUGGUCCUUUUACACUGAACCUAUCCAUUGGAUUAUUUGAAUGAAGCUCACAUUGGUACGGAGGCCUCUCUUGACCUUUAAUAGCUAUAAGCAAUUUUUUAAUUGAUUUAUUUAUUUUGCAUAUUUAAAAGCGCAUAAUUAAAUACGUAUAACUUAAUAUUCAAUUGGAAUGUUAAAUAUUAAAAAAAAUUUACCCCAAAUGCA